GCCAACUUGCCUGUCGAGGUUUGGCAGCAUGUGUUUCUAUACCUUACUCCAGACGACCUCAGUCGGUGCUUGCGUGUCAGUCGCCUGUUUCGCUCAUAUCUUACCGACCUCACGGCAACCAUGAGUGUCCGUCUGCCACCUCGUCGCAACGGUCUGAAGGUGCUCGACAGCGAGGCCAUCUGGACAUCAGCUAGGAAACUGUUUGCUCCCAAUCUCCCUCGACCUCUUGCUGGCUUCACAGAAAUGCACAUGUUCCAGCUUCUUGGAGGUAGGGAUUGCCAAGCUUGUGGUGCGCUUCCACUUCAACCGAAUCAGCCCACCACUCCCUUCGACGCCGGCCCUGGGCAUGGUGGCGUACGUAUCAUCUGGUCGUUCUCUGCUCGUCUGUGUUCCGAGUGUUUCGAGCUUUACUCUGUCAAGGUAGUAUCAGCUGGCUUACCACAUGCAUUCUGUACCCCCGAUCUGCAUUACAUUCCUGCUACGCUGCAGGCUCAGGCUGCUGCUUCCAUCAAGGGCACCAUGUUCAAGGUGUACUCGCAGAAACAUAUCGAUGAUCUUCAACAAGAACAUCAAAAUGCCAUGGAAUUUGGAACUGCUGCUGCUGAAGAGUGGGUCAAGGGUUUGCCACUACUCGGUAAACAGCAAAUGGCCGAUGCCGCUAGGUUGGAGAGAUGGGAAGCAUCACUUCCCCUCGGCUCUGACAUUCCGCAGGAAUGGCGCGCUCCUCGCAAUUUGAAAGAAGUCAACGAAGCCAGAGCGUCUCGACGAGCCGACAUCGAGCGACGAUGCUAUUCCGAAUUUCAACCGCCACUCAUGCCUAAUGUUCUACAACACAUGGAGUCUUUCCAUGCCGCUAUGCAGAUAACCACUCCGUUGACCGACAGCGCAUGGGAAGUCCUGAAACCUCGUCUCUAUGCUCAGAGAGAUGCCGCCGAGCAGAUCGAAUAUAUGCGAGAAGAGCAGAUGCGCGCUCUCCAAGCAACGAUGCCCGAUCCGGCAUACCACGCCAUGUACAGCCAACCUGUCGAUCCAACAGUUCUUCAACGCCAAUACGAAGCUGCCCAAGCACCUAUUCGUAAGAAGCUUGGCAUGUAUGCCGACGAUCUGAUCCGGAUCAAAUGGAAAAAGGGCAAACUUCUUACUCACGAUAACUGUCCCGAGUUUGCUGUCGAGGUCUUGCUCUACGCCAGAAACAGAUUUCUCGAAGUCGAAAGGCCGCAUGACAUGCCCCCAGAUCAGAUGGCGGAAGAGACCGAUCCAUGGUUCGUCAGCUUGGAGAACAUGCGCUGGCUCUACGAUCAGAAAGUCAAGACAUACACUGACAAGUAUCUGCGCGAGCUAUUCCACUGUGCUGAAUGCAAGUCUCUCGGCAAGUCGUAUGCAUUCGAAGGCAUGAUCCAGCACUACGGCGCGAAACACACUACCGAUUUCAGCAGAGGCAACAUUGUUGUCCAUUGGCAGAGUGCAGAAUGGCCGGAUGAGUGUCCUUUAGAGCCUUGUAAUGGUGCAACUCCCAACCCCGCUCUACCUCCCAAGCCACCAAAGAAAGCACCAGAGGCUGGCGACACUAACCACAAUCAGCUCUUGGAUAACCACAACGCCCCAGCUCAAUCUGCAUAUCCGAGUAACCAGAACGGCCCAUACAAUCAGUCUGGUCAUCCAGCCUACCCUCCCGACGCCCACACUAGUCAUGUUCCGUACGGAUAUCCGUAUGCGACUGCCACUCCGGCAGAUCCUCAUCAACACGUCUAUUAUCCUCCGCCCGUCAAUCCUAGAAAUCUAUACCAGGAUCAGGUCGAUUUCUUAGCAAACCUUGCAAGAGAGAUAUGGGACACUAUCGCUGGCAUUCAAAGCCUUGAAGAAAGCGUCAGAGUCCACACAGUGUUACAUCACGUUGUCUCGAGAUUCAAGGCUCACUUUGGUGGCGAACCAACGCUUGAUAUGCUUGCCGAUGCUCUCUUUAACCACGAACUCAUGCGGCCCAUCAAAGACGCGGGCGAGAUGGCCUGCAUGACUUGUAUAUCGAGUAAUCUCGAUGGCUUCGUUGCCUUCAAACCCUAUGCGAAGCGUAUCGCCGACUACAAGCUCUACAACACCUCAUCUCUCAUCACGCACUUCAAGGCAGUUCAUCUUGGAAGUGACUCUGGGCUUGAUUGGAAAGAAGACAUGAUCGAGCUACCGGAAGACGACAAUAUCCGUCAGCUUUUGAUCGCUAUUGGCAUGAACGACGAGAAGCUUGGCUUGAUUGCUGCAGUGUUCCCUAAGCUUUUUCCCAAUCCGCUCCCAAGGAUUGGA